UUCCGCUGGGAUGAAGGAGCAGCCUUUCGGGGCGGCCCGCCCGGCCCUGUUCCGGCUCUCCGGUCCGGCUUCGUUCGGCUCUUCCGGUCCAGCCUCACUCCGGUUCUCCGGUCCGGUUUCGUUCGGCUUCUACGUUCCGGCGGCAUCGUUGGGUUGGAGAAGAAACGCAGGCGCUCACGUGGAACCUCGCUGCGCGUGCGCCGAGGUCGUUGGAUUUCCGCGGCCGCUGAGGCCCCGCGGGGUCGGAAGGAGCCUGCGCGGUCUGUUAGCACGUGACCAACACUCUCUCCCUACGUAGCGCCCACUCCCCUCACCAACCCCUCCCCGUAGGGGAGUUCCUCCGGGAGGACCAAUCUUCCGGGUGGAGGGGGAAGCGGCGUGACUGGAGUGGAAAAUUUUUUCCAACACAACUUCGCAGCUGCAACUGAUUGAAAGGAGCACAAGAAAGCGAGAGUAUAAGCUGGGAUGACUGAAUGAAACUUCCACUUUUCUUCCUGACUUUUUAACCACUCGACUUAACACGAGCCGCGGUUGCCUUUUCCACCCCCUCGUCUUGGUACGGCCCUUGGAGUACGGAGCCUGCAGAGGGUCCCACGCUGGAGGAGAGAGAGGAGGAGUCGGAAGAGACAUUAGAGGUCACCCAAAGCAGCCGUCCCCUCUGCAGCCUCUCUGACAAGUGACUGAACGUUCUUCACGCUCCGAAAGGAAAAGAAGAGACUCAUUCGGGAUGUUUGACGGUUAUGAUAGCUGCAGUGAGGACACGAGUAGCAGCUCCAGCUCUGAGGAGAGUGAAGAAGAAGUUGCUCCUUUACCUUCUAACCUCCCAAUUAUCAAAAACAAUGGACAAGUGUACACAUACCCAGAUGGUAAAUCUGGCAUGGCUACCUGCGAAAUGUGUGGGAUGGUUGGUGUGCGAGAUGCUUUUUACUCCAAAACAAAGCGUUUCUGUAGCGUUUCAUGUUCACGAAGCUAUUCGUCAAACUCCAAGAAGGCAAGCAUUUUGGCCAGACUUCAGGUAACGGGUAAGCCUCCAACAAAGAAAGCAAAAGUUCUUCAGAAACAACCUUUAGUUGCUAAACUAGCCGCAUAUGCUCAGUAUCAAGCUACCUUGCAAAAUCAAGCAAAGACUAAAGCAGCAGUCUCCAUGGAAGGCUUCAGCUGGGGUAACUACAUCAAUAGCAAUAGCUUUACAGCAGCUCCAGUUACCUGCUUUAAACAUGCACCUAUGGGGACCUGCUGGGGUGAUAUCUCAGAAAAUGUGAGAGUAGAAGUUCCCAAUACAGACUGCAGCCUACCUACCAAAGUCUUCUGGAUUGCUGGAAUUGUAAAAUUAGCAGGUUACAAUGCCCUUUUAAGAUAUGAAGGAUUUGAAAAUGACCCUGGGCUGGACUUCUGGUGCAAUGUGUGUGGCUCUGACAUCCACCCAGUUGGCUGGUGUGCAGCCAGUGGAAAGCCUCUCGUCCCUCCUAGAACUAUUCAGCAUAAGUAUACAAACUGGAAAGCUUUUCUAGUGAAACGACUCACUGGUGCCAAAACACUUCCUCCUGAUUUCUCACAGAAGGUUUCAGAGAGUAUGCAGUAUCCUUUCAAACCUUGCAUGAGAGUAGAAGUGGUUGACAAGAGGCAUUUGUGUCGCACACGAGUGGCAGUGGUGGAAAGUGUAAUUGGAGGAAGAUUAAGACUAGUGUAUGAAGAGAGUGAAGAUAGAACAGAUGACUUCUGGUGCCAUAUGCACAGCCCGUUAAUCCAUCAUAUCGGUUGGUCUCGAAGCAUAGGCCAUCGAUUCAAAAGAUCUGAUAUUACAAAGAAACAGGAUGGACAUUUUGAUACACCACCACAUUUAUUUGCUAAGGUAAAAGAAGUAGACCAGAGUGGGGAAUGGUUCAAGGAAGGAAUGAAAUUGGAAGCUAUAGACCCGUUAAAUCUUUCCACAAUAUGUGUCGCGACUAUUAGAAAGGUGCUGGCUGAUGGAUUCCUGAUGAUUGGGAUCGAUGGCUCAGAAGCAGCAGAUGGAUCUGACUGGUUCUGUUAUCAUGCAACCUCCCCUUCUAUUUUCCCUGUUGGUUUCUGUGAAAUUAACAUGAUUGAACUUACUCCACCUAGAGGUUACACAAAACUUCCUUUUAAAUGGUUUGACUACCUCAGGGAAACUGGCUCCAUUGCAGCACCAGUAAAACUAUUUAAUAAGGAUGUUCCAAAUCACGGAUUUCGUGUAGGAAUGAAAUUAGAAGCAGUAGAUCUCAUGGAGCCACGGUUAAUAUGUGUAGCCACAGUAACUCGAAUUAUUCAUCGUCUCUUGAGGAUACAUUUUGACGGAUGGGAAGAAGAGUAUGAUCAGUGGGUAGACUGUGAGUCCCCUGACCUCUAUCCUGUAGGGUGGUGUCAGUUAACUGGAUAUCAGCUACAGCCUCCGGCAUCACAGUCGUCAAGAGAAAGCCAAUCAGGUUCAUCAAAACAGAAGAAAAAGGCUAAGUCCCAGCAAUACAAAGGACAUAAGAAAAUGACGACAUUGCAGCUGAAGGAGGAGUUGAUAGACGGAGAGGAUUAUAAUUUCCUCCAAGGAGCAUCUGAUCAGGAAAGCAAUGGCUCUGCCAGCUUCUACAUCAAACAAGAGCCCUGAGAGGGCGCUGCAGCGGAGGGCGGGACUGGUUUAUAAUCACUCGAGCUGUACAGCGGGGCUCUUCUACUGGGACAUUUUGCUAAACAUAGAAAAUUUCAGUUCCAGAUUUUUCAGGUGGGUGGGGAAACUAUUUUAGUCGUGGGGGGAAAUUUUUCAAUUUAUAAAGAUGGACAAUUUUUGUGUUGUAUUUGAAGCUUUUGAAAGAAUUUUGUAAUAUUUUCCAAGUUUGGAUUUAUGUGCAUUGUUAACAACUGAAAUUCUAACUUUUUGGUAAGAUUAAAGUUUAGGUAGCAGGAUUGAAGGAAAUGAUUUAAGAAGGAUAUAGUUGUAAAUGCAAAUGAACUGUCAUUACAAAUGAACCUUUUUGGUACCUGUUGGGAGAUUUUGGGAUUUUAGAAGUUAGGCCAGUCACAUCUCCAGCUUCCUUUGCUGCAGAAAUAUGCAACUGAACCCCUCCCCCCCUCGUGGAGGGUUCAUCACCACAUAGAUCAUGGAAGGGGUAAUUAAUUCUGCUUGUUGGCAUUUUAUUGCAGCCCAUUUUAAAUGUUUGUACAGAAAUGUUUUUCAUUCUGUGAAAAUUUAUUUGGAGUUCUAUAUGAAACUGGAAGAACUCUGGAUACUUUUAUAUGUUCUCUUUUAAUUAAAAAAUGAUUAAAAUUAUCCUAACACUAAAGUGUUAAACUGGAAUGGUUGACAAGAUAAACAGGAUUUCAGUCUACACGUUGAGGGGUUGGGGAAAAUGUGAUAUUGUCCUUCGUUCAUUUUCUUUUCCUUACUAGAAGAUACCCCACGAGAGGGAUUCUGAUGAGUUCCCUGCCAUUUCCCUCCAUCUGUUAGAUAAUACUUAGUAUAACCACACCCCAAAACAGAUGUUCUUCUGUAUUACCAGUAGAAUCAAAUCAAGAGUUGUUUAAAGCCAAAAAUCAGUUUAGAAUUCAAAAUCAUUCCAGCUCUGCUUUUAACUAUCCUGGAUUUGUUUAAAAAAAAAAAAAAAAAAACCUAAUUUGAAAGAGAAUUUAAUUUUCUUAAAAUUCCAUAUAUAUAAAUAUAUAUAUAUAUAUAGUAUGAAUUGUCUUUUAAUUGUAUUCAAAAUUAAUUUUAACAGUAAUAACUGAUUUGGACCAUUUCAAACAUUCCCUACUUUAAAAUUCACAUGGCUUCCUUUAAAAAAAAGGAUACAAGGGUAAAUUGGUGAAAGGUUUGCUCUCUGCAUUCUAACUUUCUGAGUUGUGACUGAAUGAGAGAGCUCUAGCGUUUACCAGUGAGGUUCAUAAACUAAACUCUCAGGAAUUAAUUGCAUCUGUUCUAGAAGUGCUUCUGGGUCUUAGCCUGGCCUCUUCAGAGUGGUAAUAUUGGCCAUCUCCUCUGGAAUACAGGUAGGGCUAUUUAGAAAUUAAUCAAAAUGAUUAACCUCUAAAGUCCUUCAGCCUAUGGAAUGCUUUAAAAAAAAAAAAAUGGUAAUGGAAAGCCCCAGGAGACCACUUUAGGUAAGAUUUUUGUUUGAAUUUUAAAAUGCAUAGAACAUUAAAAACCAGCAAUUUAUUUUCUAAAAUAUUGCUCUACUUUGGGGAAUAAUAGCAUUGGUAAUACACACAGGUUUACCUCAUUCUAUGCAAGAGGGGUUAAUAACAUAAGGUUUUAUAGUUGCUACUGGAAGUAAAAUUUGUUACUUUAUAGUGUAAGAAUGUAUGGAAUCGCAUGUCAACAUUUCUUAAUACUGACUCUUUAGGGGCAUAAAUGCAGAUCAUAUCAACGCCAGGUUUGAUUCUCAUGUGUCAAAUAUAUGUGAAUUCAGCUGUUAAAUUACUGGAUAUUUAUCUUAAACAACCUUACUGAGAGGGACCUACUGUAAAUGUGACAUCCUCACACUUCCCAAAUCUUUGACUUUUAAGAAUCUUCCCGUAAGCGAAAAGCCUAGAAGACUUUCACAGCAGGGCUUACCACGGUCUUCAUUCUCAGGCUCUGGUUCUAUGACAGGAGCUGCAGGGCGUGCUUGGCCAUACCUGGGGCUUAGGGGCCCUUUGGGGAACUGAGUAAACCAGGAAGGAUUUGAUUUGGAGCCUGGUAGUAAUUAGUUCUGUGCACAAUGUUCAUUUGUAGCCAGGUCUUAGAAGCUUCCAGUCACACAGCAAAACCAGGCUCUGAGCGUUUUCGAAUGUCCCACCUGUUUGUGUGAAGUAUUUCUCGUCUCGAUCCCAUGCCCAACAGUUAAAGGUUGGCAAGGACUUCCUACGGUCUAAACAGUCUGAAGCCCUCCUCGUUGUUCAGGCUCUUAACUCCUGCUGCUGAUGAACAGAAAAGUUAGUGCAGAGGAGAUUGAUGUCUUAGCCAUAACUCCAGCUGUACAACCCAAUAGCCCCAUUCUCUUUUACGGUUCAAACUGUACUGCUGACCUUGGGUUUGUUUUCAUUUUUUUCCUGUUAGGAUUAUUUGGGGAUUUUGGGUAGUUUAAACUCUUUAACCUUUUCCUUGCUGUGUAUGAGGAAAGCUAAAGCUGUUAUCAACUUGUUAUUCUACGGAUACUAACACGGGUUUUCAGUGUUUGUUUGUUUUUAUUAUAUUAAUUUUGCGUGAUGUGAAUACCCUCUCCCAUCAAUACUUGUAUUAUGGUGCUAUAUAUUUGGUAAUGAUCCUUUACUAUUGGGAAGGGAUUUUAAAAAUACUGUGAUGAAACGGGGUUGCUUCCUUUGAUUUUCAUAUUUUAAAUAAAGCCACAGUCAUUUAUACAAAAGAAAAGCAUCUGUCCCUGGGCAAAUCUUUUGAGGACAGAGGUCAAAGUAAACUGCAUAAGGUUUUUACAUCAUUUCUGUAUGUAUUUGAUAUAUAGAUCAAUAUCUGUACAAAUUUAAUCUUUUAUUUUCUUGGUAACUUGUGAUCACUGAGAAAGUAUUUGAGACUUUCUCAUUAAGUGUAUAUAAUGGCGUGAAAAAUUCCUUCAGAGAAACUUAUGUUCCUUUCAUUUUUACCAAACUGCAAAUUUUCAGCAUGGAUGUGAAAAGCAUUAAAAUUAUAACUUUGUGUACAAGAUGAAAAUAAUUCACUAAAAUUUGCCCUUUUUUACACAAAAUAAAACGUUAAAGUUAA